AUGUAUACAAAUGCGCAAAGUUUGGUGGAACAUAAGGAUGAGAUCUUCCAUCAAAUAAUGAAGAAAAGAAAUCCGGCAGUAGUUGCGUUAUCGGAGACGAGAGUGGAUGCCAACAUAGAAGAUUUUGAGAUAAAUAUUAGAGGCUACAAUCAAGUGAGAUGUGAUGCUGAAAAUAGGUAUACCGGAGGAGUAGUUGUUUACAUUAGAAAUGACAUUAAAUUUGAAACUGUAAUGGUAAAGAACGUCAUAGGAAAUUGUUGGUGUGUUGUGAUAGGUCUGUUUGAAAAAUGGUACAAAGGUAUGAAACAAUGUGUUAAUCAACCAACAAGGGUGACAAUUAAUAGUUGUACUCUUAUAGAUUUAGUUUUUGCGAACUUGAAUUUGAGUGAGUGUGUAACUGUAGUAGAAAACCCGAAAAUUACGGAUCAUUCAUGGAUAAGAAUUGAAUUUAAGACAAGGCAAGAUGAAAAUUGUUAUAAAGAAUUUAGGGGAAGAGCAUACAAAAGAAUGAAUAUAGAGAAUUUUAUUAGUGAAUUGCAACGGAGCGUGGUUAAUAAUUGCGAACUAGACAUAAAUGAAAGGGCCAGUAGUUUUGUUAAAAAUAUAGUGGCGGCGUUAGAUGUUGUUGCACCCGAAAGAACAUUUCAAAUGCCAAAGGCAUGGGAAGGGAAAAUAUGGUUUACGGAUGACAUAGAAAGGGCAUCAAUUGCUAGAGAUAGGGCAUACGGGAAAGCAGUUUAUACGGGUUUAAAACAGGAUUGGCAGCAAUAUAAGAUUGAAAGAAAUGUAGUUGUUAAACUUAUAAAGUAUAAGAAGAAACAAUAUUAUGAAAAUAUGAUUGAUGCCAAUAAGACAGAUUCGAAAAGAAUGUGGAAGACAUUGAAAGAAGUAUUGAAAGGAGAAGUGUUGGAUGUAAAAGUUAUUGAUAGUAUUAAAAAAGUAGAUGAUCAAAGAAGUACUAGGAGAACAAUGCAUACUUGUGAGAAUAUAGAAGUAUUAGAAUAUUUUAAUCCUAUUAAUGCGAAUGAAUUGGAAACGGUCGUGAUGAAUCUUCCGGUUAAAAAAGGGACAGAGGAAGGAAUAAGUGUGGAUGUGUUGAAAAUUGCUUUUUGUGCAAUCAAAGAUGAAUUUACAGAAGUAAUAAAUAAGUCGCUAAUGAUAGGUGAAUGUCCGAACAGCUGGAAGACAUCCACGAUAGUUCCAAUUCCAAAAAUUAAAAAACCUAUAAAAGCUAGUGAUUAUAGACCAAUUAACGUUUUGCCAAUAUAUGAGAAGGUAUUAGAAUUAGUGGUCAAAGAUCAAAUAGGAAGAUAUUUAGAGGCAAAUGAAGUGUUGACGGAACAUCAAUCUGGAUUUAGAAAAUCACAUUCAUGUGAAACGGCAAUACAGGGAAUAAUAGAUGAAUGGAAAGUAGAAAUUGAUGAAGGAAAAAUAGUAGGGGUCAUAUCUAUGGAUUUAAAAAGAGCAUUUGAGACUGUUGAUAGAAACAGAUUAUUAGAAAAAUUGUACCAAAUAGGGAUAAGGGGUAAGGUGUGGCAUUGGUUAGAGUCAUAUCUAAAGAAUAGAACACAGAAAGUUAGAUUUAAUAGUAACUAUUCCAAAGUGAUGGCAAUAGACCAUGGUGUUCCGCAGGGAUCGGUAUUAGGGCCGUUACUUUUUGUGUUGUAUAUUAAUGAUAUAACUGAAGUAUGUCCAAUAGGAAGUAAUGUAAAAUUGUUUGCGGAUGAUACGAUGAUUUAUGUAACAGGAGAAUGUAGUGAGGAAAUUAAUAAAAAGAUGAAUGAUGUAUUUCAUAAAAUAGAAAACUGGAUGAGCCUAAAUAAACUAAAAUUAAAUGUAGAGAAAACAAAGUAUAUGAUAGUUAGAAGUAAUAGAAAGGAAGUUAAAGGGCAAAUAAAAAUAGUAUGCAUGAAUGGUGAAGUGUUAAAACGAGUGGAAGUAAUAAAAUACUUAGGCAUAAUGAUUGAUAGUAGGCUCACUUUUGUUGAACAUUGCGAUUAUAUGUUGAAAAAGAUAGGUAAGAAAACUAGCUUUUUGAACAGAAUGGGUCAAUAUUUAACACCGUAUAGUAGACAAAUAGUAUAUAAGACAAUUAUCGCACCGCAUUUUGAGUAUUGUGCAACAGUGAUUGUGGGCAUGGGCGAGACGCAAAUUAAUAAAUUGCAAGUGGCACAGAAUAGAGCUAUGCGAAUAUUAAAAGGUUAUCUACCACGUAUGUUAAGAAAUAGGCUAGAUUUAGUAGGAGAGAAUUAUCAGAGGGAAACUAGACAAAAGGGUAACAUAGUUGUACAAUUGCGUAAAACUUGUCAAGCGCAGAGGAGUGCUUUUUAUAAAGGCACUAAAAUGUACAAUGACUUACCUGCAGAGGUAAAGCAAUGUGAAAGACUAAAUAGUUUCAAGAGAAUGUUAAAAGAUUAUGUUACACAAAUGGUUCCAAAAUUGUAA